AUGGCGGCGGCGCGCACGGGUCCCCCGCGCUCGCACCCACCCACCGCCCUGCGCCCCGCCGCCGCAGCGCCUCUAUAUACCCCGCCGGCCGCAGGGCCCGCCCACGGCGGCGCCCACCCGCCAAUCAGCGCGGGGAAUCCCGGAGCGCCGGCCAAUAGCGGAGAGGCAGAACCGCGGCCGUUGCCGGGAGACCGGAGGGACGCACGGGCCGGGCCGGGACCGGGGCCGGUACCGGGGCCAUGGCGAGGUCCCAUCUCACUGCCCCUACGUUCGGCCGAGGCCGAGCUGCUGCUGCUGCAGAGACAAGCGCUGCUUGAGGAGGAGCAGGCCAAAAUCAAGAGGGCGCUGCUCACCCACUUCAUGCAGGAGAAGCUGAGCCGGGAGGAGCAGAGCAGCCUCUGGGGUCUCCACAAGGUCCGCACGCUCUGGCGCUCGGCCCAGCGCAAGGCCAAGGACCAAGAGCUGCGCCAGGACAUCGAGAUCCUCAGCCAGACCUUCGCACGGGUCAUGGACUGCAAGGAUGGCACCAUUGAGGCGCUGGUGACGGAGCUGAAGGAAGCAGAGGAGCAGCAGAACCGAGCCCUGAGCAGCCACCUGGACCUCACAGACCAACUGCUGCAGCUCCAGCGCUGCCGCCUGGGCUACCUGGAGCAGGGCUUCAGUGCCCAGGUGGGCGCCCUGAAGGCCGAGUUUGAGGCUGAGAGGAGGGCCAUGCUGGAGCAGCAAGACUGGGAAAGCUGGGUCCUGCAGGAAAUGGAGCUGGCCACGGAGCAGGAGCACGCCAGGAGCGAGCAGGAGGCCUUGCUGAACUUCCAGAGCGCCAGGGAUGACAUCAAAAACAAGUGCUGGCAGGAUCAGCAGUACAGCCGGCUGACGCUGGGGGCCAGGCUGGAGGGGCUGUGGGAGCAGAUCCAGACAGCACGCAGGAACUACGCCCAGGCCACGGAGAAGAAGAAGGUGGAGUUUGAGGAGCUGAAGAGGAAGUGUGAGAAGACUUCCUGCGAGAUCAACGCGCAGGCGAAGAGGCUGGAGAAGCUGCAGGACAUGGUUACAACCACUAGGGGCCAGAUCGCGGCUCACCUGCGCAAGAGCGAGGAGCAAACUCAGCGCAUCCGGGGCGAUCGGGAAGACGCCCACCAGAAACUCCAAAAGCUCCGGGCUCAGGUCACCCAGGCCAGCGCCACGGCUCACACCCACCUGGUGACGCUCAGCUCUCAGUGCAGCGCCACCCUCAAGGUGCUGCAGCAGCUGGUGGAGAAGGCUCAGCGCCUCCUGCGCCUGGCCGAGCUGUGCCGCAGGCUGGAGACAGAAGAGGAGAAGGUGCUGCCCUUCUACCCCUCCUCACUGGGCGAGUUGGAGCAGCAAAAAGUCCGCAGGGUCCUGGAGGAGACGGCCAGCGAGCCCCUGGCACGGGUGAUGAAGGACUACAUGGGGCUGGAGAGGUUCUGGCAGAGGUUCAACAAGGCCAAGCUGGAGGAGAAGGGGCUGGAGAGGGCACGGGCAGCCCUGGCAGACAGGAACCAGGAGCUAAGGAAGCUCCUCCAGCAGUACCUGGCGGGGGCUACGAUGAGCCAGAAGGUGCCCAAAGAUCCCCAUCCCCUCCUUGCCAUCAAGCAAAAGCCUCAUCCCCAGAAAUGAGUGGGAGAGCCAUGCUCAGGGACACUGGGCAUGGGGAGGGGUCAACCACCAGGACCCCAGUCCUGGCCCCACCAGCUCCAGCUGAGGCUCCCUGGCAGAUCUGCCUGGUGUUUGGGGACUCAGGGAUUUCCUGGAUACCUUAAAAGAGCAAA